AUGGCAGGUCAUUCGCACAGAUCGUCUGUGAAAAACGGCCACAAGCCGUUCAAAUCGAAACAUGCCUCGAAGGGCGCUCUCAAAAAUAUGUACAAGGGCAAAGUGGAAAAAGCAGGUUCUUCCGUUUCUGGAAAAGGCGGCGUGAAGCCGAUGUCCAGGCUGCAGCGCAAGAAUACGGCCAAACAGGCUCGGGAGCACAAGAUCUUGGACUCUCUGAACACCCGUAAACUAUUCGAGGGCGCUGGUGGUGCAGAGAAGAUUAUCACGGUCAUCCCAUUGACGACGGACGUGGAACCAACAGAGUUGAUCGCCAAACUCAUUGCAGAUGCCGACCCAGAAGCGGACUUUCAAGUGCCUUCUGCACCCUGUAUUUUCAGCAUCAACGUGAAGAAGUUUCGUUGUAACCUCAAAUUCGUCGUUCCCGACACAAGCAACUUCAUUAGUGUGCUGGAUGCGACUAAAAUUGCGGACUUCACGCUGUUUGGACUCAGUGCGACCGCUGAGGUCGAUACUGCGUUUGGAGAGCAGAUCAUCCGUGCCGUGGAAUUGCAAGGUAUCUCCUCGUACAUGGGGUGUGUUGCAAACUUGUCACAGGCCCAUCCUAAGGAGAAAUUUCAGCUAGAUAUCAAGCAAUCGCUCGAGAGCUUCUUCAAGCAUUUCUUCCCCAGUCAAGACCGCAUAUGCAACCUCGAAAAAGCUUCAGAAGCGGCCAAUGCGUUGCGCACCUUGUGCCAGCGGUUCCCUCGCCAAAUGAGCUGGAGAGACAACAGAGGUUACAUGGUGGCCGAUGCUGUCGAUUUCAUCGAGUCCGCAACUGAUGGUGAAGAUGGAACUCUAGUCGUAGACGGCACUGUCCGUGGGAUUGGGUUCAAUGCAGACCGUCUUGUUCAUAUUCCUGGUCUGGGAGACUUCCAAGUCUCGCAGAUCGAAAAAGUUAGCGACUCAAACCGCAAGGCCACUCACAGCAAGAAAAGCGAAACCCUUUCUGAAGCUAUGGAUCUGAUCCCAAAGACGCACUUCUCACCCAGUGCAGAACAAGACACACUAGACGAGUACGCACCUGAGAUUGUGGACAAUGGCAUGGACGCCGAUGACGAUGGAUUUCAAUACGACGAACUCAAAGCUGCCCGUUUCGACAACCAUGGCUUUUUACCAGGUAGUGAACAAGCCGCGAAAAGGAAAAUAGUCCCCAAAGGCACAUCAGAAUACCAGGCAAGAUGGUAUCUGGACGAUGUAAUUGACGCUGCAGACGAAGAGGAACUAACAAACUUGGAUGACGCGGAUAUGGCCAUUGAUGAGGAUGCUGAGGAUGGCGUUUCUAGUGAUGAAAUGGAACAAGAAGUUGGUGAAGAGCAGCUGGAGGAUGCAGAUGCUCAAGAUGAAAUGUAUGUCGAUUUGUCUCCGGAGGAAGAAGAAAGACAGCUCAAUGAAUAUCGCGCGUUGGAAAAAGAAGACCGUGAGUUUCCUGACGAGAUCGAACUCCAGCCUUCUCAAUCUGCAACAGAAAGACUUAAGAGAUACAGGGGGCUAAAGAACCUAUACAAUUGCACUUGGGAUGUCGACGAGUUCGACCCCAACGCUACCCCAGAAUGGAAGCGUAUCUUGAGGAUCGGCAACUAUACCAAUACCAGAAACAAAAUUUGCAAAGAGUCCAUCAAAAACGCCGAGGUGAUUGCUGGUGACCGUAUCAAGCUGCACAUCAAGAUGAACAGAUCAUUCGUCUCCAGGAUAAAAGACCCUCGUGAAGAAAUUUUGGCUAUCUACGGAUUGCUGAGACAUGAACACAAAAAUGCAUUAGUGAAUUUUUCGAUUCAAAGAUGGGAGGAUUUUGAGGACCCUGUUCCAUCAAAAGAGCCAUUGUUUGUACAAUACGGUAUUCGGAGAUACAAAAUCCAGCCUUUAUUCUCAUCGACUUCGCAUACCCCCAAUAACGUCCACAAAUACGAGAGAUUUCUGCAUCAAGAUUCGGCUGCAAUUGCAACGUGUAUUGCGCCAGUCGACUUCACUCAAUCCCCUGCCAUUUUCUUCAAAGCGUGUCCGGGCGAUGCAAAGGGAAUCCAGUUUGUGGGCCAUGGCUCAUUUUUGGGUGUGGAUCACACACGUAUCAUCAGUAAAAGAGUUGUUCUUACCGGUGAUCCUUUCAGGUUCCACAAGAACGUUCUCACGGCGCGCUAUAUGUUUUUCAGACCUGAAGACGUGGAAUGGUUCAAGUCUAUUCCUCUAUUCACCAAGAGUGGCAGAUCUGGUUUUAUCAAAGAAAGCUUGGGUACCCACGGCUAUUUCAAAGCUACUUUCGAUGGCAAGCUCUCUGCGCAAGACGUUGUGGCGAUGUCCUUAUUCAAGAGGGUCUGGCCUCGCACCUCAGAGCCGGUAGAUUUUUAA